UGUUGGUCCAAAUUCUAUAAGGGCAAGCACAAUUUGGCUUUAAGUUUUUACUUUUUAGCACAAAAUACCGUUUUUAGUAGUGAAGUGAUAGAAUAGUAGACCUUUGUUUGUGUUUAUAACGUUUCUGAUACAAUUGUACACAACAUGCUGCAGGCGUCAACACCUGUACCAGGACCAUCCCAUCGGCGUGUCAGCUUUCUAAAUACAAACGGACAGCAUUUAUCACCUCUGGCGAGGCCCAGAAAUCUGGAUGGUUUGCUGGAUGAGACCAAUGACGAUGCUGAGCGGCAAGAAAGGAGAAAAUCUGCAGCGACAAGACGGUCCAUAUUAGCUAUACCUCGUGCCGAGUCGCCAUCUCUGAAUGAUUCAGUGCAAGCAUUAUCUGACAAAGACCUUCAAGCACAGUUGCAGACUGUUGUUAAACUACAUGCUGAAAAUAAAAUAAAUUCAAAAAAUGCUUGGCAUCUUCGUAUUAUAGACAUUAUAACUCAAAUAGCGAGCAAAAACAAUCCAGAUGCUUUAAAAGUUGCUGGAAGUUCUUUGGAGGUUGCUUCAAAAGUGUACGGCAUAAGAGUAGAUACUUUACAUUCAGAUGGAUUGAAAAUGGCUGGAAAUUUUGCCAGAAAUUUUGCCUCAAACCAACAACAUGACGAAUCUAACAGUGAUGGACCCAAUGGUGAAGAUCAAGCGAAUGAAACACAAAAGAAAAAGAAGAAGGAACCAAAAAAGAAAAAGUUUGUUCUUUCAGGAGACAAACGCACUGUCAACACUGAUAAAAAAGCUUUUAUGGAAUCCCUGCCUAAAUUAGAUUCCGCUACAUUUUCUGCUAGGACAGAUAAUACUCUAAGUGCUACAUCCAAUCUAUUCACCAACAAAGUUAGAAUGGACCCAGCUGGAUAUAAGUUUAUGUUUGCGAGUAAAGAGAGUGCCUGGGCAUUCAAUCCAGGGAACGAUGUAUCAGCGAAACCAGAAACUUGGACGAAAGAAUUCCCAAUCACAGUGAAAUCUGUGAAAAAUUAUGACACUUGCGCUGCAUUUAAAGAUUUUCGAGUGGAUUUCUGGGAUCCUGAUCAGGAAAAUAAUGAUGUACAGAAAAAAAACUCUUUAUUGGAUGAAGUUGUUCUGGAUGAUAAUGGAGUACCAAUACCAGAAAUGGAUGGAUCUUUCCAUGAUGUUUUUGCGGAACAAGGUGAUAAUAUUAUGAAUGACGACGAUAUGGGCGAAGAAGAAGUGGUCAAUCAACUAUUACAUCGAGAGGUUGAACACAUUGUUGAUUUCAGACCCAUUGAACAAAGUUUAGCAACUUUUUCCGAUAAAUCAGCUUGGACUUUCAACAGUAUGGAUGAAACUAGUGCGGGAAGAAAAAUCGACCAGAUUUGGGCUGGUCCUAGCCAUUGGAAAUUGAAAUGUAUCAGAAGAACCAAACUGAUUUAUAGCGGUAUGGAUAAAAAUGACGAAAAACUCAAGGAAAAGAACAAGCCAGGCCGAAAAAGAAAGAAAAUUGAAUACUUUCCUAUAGACUUUGACAAUUUGAAACCGCCAAAAGACUACUCUAAAUCCACUAAAAAGCCGUUCAAAAAGAGAAGUCUUGCAGUAGAUGAAGACAAGGUCACAAUGCCAAUAUACGAGUCAUCAUGUGAACAUUUAAGAGACAAUAUUGAGUACCUUCUUAAUAUCCCUACCAUGAAGCCAAUUAAGAAAACCAAUAGAGACAAAUCACAAAAUGAAAAUUGCCACUAUGAUGUGCCAGAUUAUAAUUUCAAAAAUCCAGACGAUAACGAUUACUGUCCACAAAGGCCUAUUAAUGAUGAUAUGGGAGAAGAUCUUGGAGAUGAUAUCUUCGAGAAUGGUGCUGAUAAUGGCGAUAAUAUGUCUGGGUUCCAGGCAGAAGAAAAUUUCACUGGUGCAAAUUUGAUUGACGCACCACAGUUGAUCCAACAAGACUAUAUGCAUUACGCAACAAAGGCCAAAAAGAUGGACAUGAAGAAACUGAAACAAGCGUUGUGGUGUACAUUAACACAAUCUGCUGAAUAUAAUGAGACUGAUAAAGUGGUGCCAAGAAAUUUCGCAGUUGUCUACAAGGAACUUUAUAAAAGACUGCCUGAGAAAAUGGCAGUUGAGCUGAGUCCUCCUAUUGCAAUUGUGGCAUUGCUUCAUUUAUGCAAUGAGAGGUGUUUGGCACUGAAAAGUAUUGACGUCACGGACUUUAUCAUAAGUAAACACGGGGAGUAAAUAAUAAAGAAUAGGAAAACUAGGUCUAUUGGUUUCAUUUAUGCAUAUAUGUUUAGGAUUUGGGAUGUUUUGUUUUAAAGUGAAUUAAAAAAAAAAAAAAUCAAGAUGAAAGGAUGGAAUAUUACCAGAUGGAUUACGAUAUUUAUCAUACUUUGGGGUAUAGUUUGACACAGUGUCUAAUUUGGUUUGCAUUAAAAAAAAACACUGGACCUUGUUACAGAAAUAGUUCAAAGAUCCCAAUUCAAAAACUCAAGUUUGUAUGGCCACCUUAUGAAUAAGAAAAUUAAACGUGCAAUUGAUCCUACAAUCGUUCCAAGAGACUUCUGAAUAUAUUCCCGCUCCAAAGGGUCCAUUUUCCUAUUGGAUUCUGGAUCUUCCUUGAUCCAAAUAAGAAAAGCUAUGCACCAAAUAGCUCCUACUGCACCGAAAACGUAGAAAACACCGGGCCAGCGCCAUUCGGAAACUGAUAGUAGACCACUCAGAGGUAGGGAAAUUACUGUACCAAGUUGAGC